AUGCAAGAUGGCGACACAUUACCCAGAAAGCAUCCUAGACGAAAUUUGGCAGCCACUGAACAAAAUGAUCAGAGCAGUGCCAGUCAGGAUGUAAGCUCUAGCACCCUUCCAAUGGAAUCGCAAUCCACUAUAAUACCCUCUGACGGGGCACCACCUUCUAUUAAUGGAAAAAGAGCAAUAGACGUGAGAAAUCGCCAUCACAAGGACAUUUGGGUCGCCAUGAAGAGGAGGGACUCCCUUUCAUUUGAGAGACAGUGUAAACUUCUGAGAACAUCGGGUGUAGAGUUGGACGGUGUAAGCUACACUUUGAUGAUAAACGGGACUCUGAUAUUCAGCAAGAAAAACGACAUUCAGCAGCCACUGCUCAUGAUUGAGGAGAUGAAGGAGGCUGGAAUACAUCCCUCUUUAAUUCGCUUCCUGGCGCGUCUAAUUGUCAUGUACUUUGAAAUGUGGUCCCUCAAUUCCCGUCCCAUAAUUUCAAAUUGGCUCGCCAUCACGAGAUCGUCCUGGCUCAGCGCAGUUUUUGUAACCAGAAGGACGAACAAGUGUGAUGAGAAUGCACUUGUCAAGAGUGAUGAAUGGUAG